CCAUCAGGCAGCCACAAGUCUCUUCUCCAAGUCCAUGAUUUUCUCUUCCCUGCAUUUUCUUAUCCACAAAACGCGGCUAAGAACACCCAUCUGACAGGAUUCUGUGUAGGGCCGGAGCAAGCCAGUACGUGCUGGGCUUCACAAAGACUCAGAAUGCUCCUGAUGGAUGGGGCCAUUGCUUUUCUGAAUAUACAGAGCGGACAAGAAAGGAGAGCACACUCGUGAUUUCACCUACAUACAGAACUUGAGUAUAAUCCUCCCCGCAAACCCCGGGACAUGGGCGUUGCCAGCCCGUUUUGCAGAAUAAAGUGAGGUCCAGGGGGGUCAUGUGACAAGUCACAGUUUUUAAAUCACAGGGCUGAGAUCCCAAGCUAGGUCUUCUGAUCUCUGCAAGCCCUGAGCCCUUCUCUUCUGCCCCAGAGCUGCCUCCCCGGGCGGUAUGAGUCCCCCACCCCGUGUCCUCCGUGUGUGCCAGACCUUCUCCUUAAAGCCUCACAAGGACUCAGCACUCACAGCGUAGGAACAAGGAACCCCAACAUGUGUUUAGACCAGAGGGCACAAUAAAUUGUUGCGUUCUCGUGGGACAGAAUGGGAAAUGUGGGUCAAAGGGAAGGGCCUUCUGAGUCAACAGGGCAGAAAGGGCCACAUCAUUAACUGUUUGGGGACGGGAGCUUUUGCUAGACCACUGACUUUCCUUGUUCUGGAGAUUUUACAGACAAGGAAAUGGAGGCUCAAAGAGGGUAACAUCCCCCAGACACAGAACAGAGAGCAACGUAAACCUACAAUACCCAACUGUAGCAUCUUCCCCUGGACCAGGCUGUCUUAACACACAUGGAAUCAUCUGGAGAGGUUUUCAGACUCCCGAGGGCUGGGCUGUACCAUCAGAGACCAAAUCUGUGGCUCUGGAGUGGGGCCUGGUGGGGGCGCUACGGAAGCUCCCAGCCCCAUGACAGGAAUGUGCAGCCCAGGGGGAGCAAAGCCGGCCAGGCGGCUCUCAGGACUGAGCUCUGUGAUGCUGGAACAGUCUGGGUCCAGCCCCGACCUUAACGAGACCCAGCUGGGUGUGUAACAGCAGCAACACUCGCUUUUCUUACUCCGCCCGGAGAGGGAACAGCUGGUUCUUUCUUAAAGCAGUAGGAGCGAAGGUGAGCCCAGAAACUGCUCACCCAACAUUCACAGCCACUUGCAUGGAUUUUAGGCAAUGGCAUCACGAGGAGAUUCACAAAUACGAGGAAUCCUCAAAUCAGAUCCAGUCAUUGUUUUUGCUCUUGAUGGGCCAGAAAGUUGGAGCUCCAGUCUGAUUUUUACAUUCCUUCAAGUUCUCGAGUAGAGUUUUCGGUUCCCUGUAUUGUGAGGAGGCUCAGGGACCUUUAUUCAAAAUAAAACACCUUUUCCAUCUCUGCAGUCAGGUGCCCUGCUGUGCAGCAGGACUUCAUUGUGAGAAGAGGUACCAGGCCUUCAGGGGAAAGCAGAGGGGAGAGCAGUUGGCAUCUGGAGAGGAGAUGUAAAUGAAGGAAGCUGCAGGGGAGGCGGAAGGAGAGAAAAGGAGGGGCCGAGAGCAGUCGCCUUGAGCACCGUGGAGCUUCUGUUCACUGUUCCCCUCACUCUCGAUCCACGCGAUGGAUAUACUAUUUGGCAGAAAUAAGAAGGAGCAGCUGGAGCCUGUGAGGGCCAGAGUGACAGGCAAGAUUCCCUCGUGGCUGCAGGGAAUCUUACUCCGCAACGGGCCCGGGAUGCACACGGUGGGCGAGACCAAGUACAACCACUGGUUCGAUGGCCUGGCCUUGCUCCACAGCUUCACAAUCAGAGAUGGUGAAGUCUAUUAUAGAAGCAAAUACCUGAGAAGCGAUACCUACAAUGCCAAUAUCGAAGCGAACAGGAUCGUGGUGUCAGAAUUUGGAACAAUGGCCUAUCCGGACCCCUGCAAAAACAUAUUUUCCAAGGCGUUCUCCUACCUGUCCCACACCAUCCCUGAUUUCACAGACAACUGCUUGAUCAACAUCAUGAAGUGUGGAGAAGACUGCUAUGCGACCACAGAGACCAAUUACAUCAGGAGAAUCAACCCGCUGACCCUGGAGACCCUGGAGAAGGUUGAUUAUCGUAAAUACGUGGCUGUAAAUGUGGCAACAUCGCAUCCUCAUUAUGAUGCCACUGGAAACGUUCUCAACAUAGGCACAUCCAUCGUGGACAAGGGGAAGACGAAAUACGUGAUCUUUAAGAUCCCGGCCACGGCACCAGAGGACGGGAAGAAGGGGCGAGGGCCCCUGAAGCACACGGAGGUGUUCUGCUCCAUCGCCUCCCGCUCCCUCCUCUCCCCGAGCUACUACCACAGCUUCGGCGUCACCGAGAACUACGUCGUUUUCCUCGAGCAGCCCUUCCGGAUGGAUAUCCUCAAGAUGGCCACCGCCUACAUCCGGGGCGUGAGCUGGGCCUCCUGCCUGGCCUUCCACGGGGAGGACAAGACUUACAUUCACGUCAUUGACCAAAGAACAAGGAAGCCCGUGCUGAGCAAGUUCUACACGGACCCCAUGGUGGUGUUUCAUCACGUCAACGCCUACGAAGAGGACGGCUGCCUCGUGUUUGACGUCAUCGCCUACGAGGACAGCAGCCUUUACCAGCUCUUCUACUUGGCCCACUUGAAUGAGGACUUCGAGGAGAACUCCAGGCUCACCUCUGUGCCCACCCUCAAGAGGUUCGCGGUGCCCCUCCACGUGGACAAGGAUGCAGACGUGGGUUCCAAUUUAAUCAAACUGGCGUCUACUACAGCCAGAGCCCUGAAGGAAAAAGAUGACCAAAUCUACUGCCAGCCGGAGCUGCUCUGCAAAGGCUUAGAGCUGCCUCGGAUCAAUUAUGCUUACAACGGGAAGCCAUACCGCUACGUCUUUGCUGCCGAAGUCCAGUGGAGCCCCAUCCCAACCAAGGUCAUAAAAUAUGACCUUCUCACCAAGUCGUCCUUGAGUUGGGGUGAGGCGCACUGCUGGCCCGCGGAGCCCCUGUUCGUGCCUACGCCGGGUGCCCGGGACGAGGAUGACGGAAUUAUCUUAUCAGCCAUCGUCUCUACCGAUCCCCAGAAGCUGCCGUUUCUGCUUGUUCUGGAUGCCAAAACUUUUACGGAAUUGGCUCGUGCUUCCGUUGACGUAGACAUGCACCUGGAUCUCCACGGGCUGUUCAUCCCGGGCACAGCCUGGGAUGUGAAGAAGCAGACCCCUUCCCAGGAGGAGCAGGGUAGGGCGGUGGACCACGGGGUAGCCCCGCGGACCUGACGGUUGGGGCUCAGGCCCAGGAGAACAGCUCCCAUGGGACUCAAGGCUGGUCCCUCCCUGGCUGGAGGGGGUCCCUCCUUUCAUGUGGGGCUUCUUCUUGCUGUGGUUGCUUUGAGACAAGGUUAUGGUAAUAGAGCUUGUCAGUAUCUUUUCUUCAUUUUAUUUUGGCCGUAAAAACCCUAUCUGAAAGUCGAUCAAAUUUCUAUUGAUUAGCUCUAGCACGUCUAAGAAAGUGCCUUUCCUUUAGUAUAAAGACCAUGACCAUGAAUCAGAAAUUGUGGGAGUUCCCAUCGUGGCUCAGUGAUAACAAACCCAGCUAGCAUCCAUGAGGACGCCGGUUUGAUCCCUGGCCUUACUCAGUGGGUGAAGGAUCCAGCAUUGCCAUGAACUGUGGUGUAGGUCGAAGAGGAGGCUCAGAUCCCGCAUUGCUGUGGCUGUGGUGUAGGUUGCAGACAAGGCUUGGAUCUGGUGUUGCUGUGGCUGUGGUGUAGGCCAGCAGCUGUAGCUGCGAUUGGACCCCUAGCCUGGGAAACUGCAUAUGCCUUGGGUGUGGCCCUAAAAAGACCAAAAAAAGAAAGAAAAGAAAAGAAAUUGUAUUGUCAUGUUAUUACUGUUGGCAGAAUGGGCAACCACUGGCCUGUUGGAGAAGAGACAGAAGGAUUUAUCAUUGCGCCUUCCUCCCCGCCUUCCCUCCCUUCCCCCUUUCCCUUCUUUCCAGUGGACUAGACGAGGAGGUCUAGCCUGUCAAUCAGGCUCCGUUAGAAAAUGAUGUGCCCGAGAAGGUGUGUUGCUGUGUGGACAUUCCAAGCAAAGCAGAGCAUUAUAUAAAAUAAUAAAAAAUUUAAAGUCUGUUUAGAUUUUAAUUUUACAUGGCUUUGUUCCCCUGAAGAACUUCUAAGUCAGGAAAAUAGAGCGGCAGGGAGUUCCUGUUGUGGCUCAUUGAUAAGAACCCAACUAGUAUCCAUGAGGCCUCAGGUUCAAUCCCUGGACUCGCUUAGAGGAUCUGGCAUUGCUGUGGCUGUGGUGUAGGCUAGUGGCUACAGCUCCCAUUUGACCCCUAGCCUGGGAAUUUCCAUAUGCCAUGGGUGUGGCCCUAAAAAGACAAAGGAAAAGAAAAAAGAACAUAGAGCAGCAGAUCCAGAUGGCUCAUGGCCUGCCAGGUGCCUCACAGUACAAUUGAUGGGACAGCAGACUGGUGUGGGGGCUGGACACUGACUACCUGGUGGUGGCCGAGAAGCUGGCAUCAGGAUCGGGUCCUGUCUGGCCUGACGCUGAGAACCAGGGCAGUGAGGCCCUAGAGUGGUAUAGAAAAGGAGGUGCCCCCAGCUAAAUGAGCUCCCAGGGCAGACCAGGCAUCUGGGCAGAAGUGAAGGAGCUCGGUGUGGAGAUGGAGGGAGCAAGCCGACCAGGGUCCCGCGUGAGUACUGCGAGACCGCGGGCAUCUGGGCAUCGCCUUGGGGGUCUGCUAGGUGCUUGGGGCCUGGUUUAGAGAACCAAAGGCAGGCCGGCCGGGUAAUUGCCAGACACACAUGUCAUAGGGUCGGGGGUUGGGAUCAUCUGCUUUUUUUGCACCUGUCCCCUCCCCAGAGUUGGGAUUUUGUUCCGCCUCCAAGGAGAUUCAGGAAUGUGUCUGGAGGACAGGAAGGAACUUCUGGGAACAGUGCGUGGAUACACAGAGGGGCAGACCUCUGCAGCCACCGUGAAGCUCCCACUCAAAUGGAGGCGCCAUCAGGUCAGGGUAUUUUUUUUUUUUUUUCAAUUUCAUUUUCUUACUUGUAAAAACUUUUUAUUAGAGUAUAGUUGAUUUGCAGUGUUGUGCCAGUGUCUGCUGUACAGCACAGUGACCCAGUCACACAUACAGGUACAUUCCCUUUCUUCUAUUUGCUUCCAUCAUGUUCUGUCCCAAGAGACCGGAUAGAGUUCCCUGUGCUGUACAGCAGGACCUUCUUGCUUUUCCAUUCGAAAUGUCAUAGUUUGCACCUACUAACCCCAAACUCCCAGACCAUCCCACGCCUCCCCUCUCCCCCUUGACAACCACAAGUCUGUUCUCUGUGUCUGUGCGUCUGUUUUGUAGACAGGUGCAUUUGUGCCAUAUGGGAAUUUUUUUCAUUGAAUUUUUUGUUGGAAUAAUUGUAGGUUCAUGUGCAGUUCCAAGAAAUAACACAGAGAGUUCCCAUAUGGACUUCACGACGUUUCCCCAAUUGUAACAUUUUGGAAAACUACUGUUUAAUAUGACAGCCAGGACAUUGACCUUGAGUCAACCCAUAGAUCUUCCUCAGAUUUCUCUGAUUUUCCGCGUGUGUGUGUGUGUGUGUGUGUGUGUGUGUGUGUGUGGUUCUAUACAGUUUCAUCACAGGCGUGUGUUCCUGCAUCCAUGGCCACUGUCGAGACAGUGAAGACCACAUCCACACUGGGGUCCCUCGUGGUGCUUGCCGUCACCACACUCACCUCUCUCCCAUCACCAGCCCCCAUUCCUACCCGCUGGUAACCCCCAUCUCCAAAACUUUGUCAUUUCAGAAACGUCGCAUAAGCAGAAUCGCACAGUGUUAACCUUUGGGAAUGGGCUUUUGCCUCACAGCAGAACUUGGAUAUUCAUGCAGGUGGUUUGUUUACACCCAUGUUGUCCUGUGUCGGGUGUGUUUUAUUCACCACUCCAUCCUCUGCACCCAGAACCCUGCCCAGAGAUACAGGCUCUCAAUUAAAAAUGUGUCGGAUGAAUGAAUUCCGUCAACAAAGAAAUCCACCUGCAUCAUGUACCAACAAGAAAUGGAUUUUUUUUUUUUUUUACAAAAUGAAAAAAAGAAACAGCUAUUUUACUGACAUCUCCCAGGAAGACAGUUCAUGUGGAGCCCAAUGACAACACCCCACAUUCCCCACAAAGCUUCCCCUCUCUGCUGCCCCUGGUCUCUCCUUUCUUUCCCUAUUGGUCCCUGAAAACCUCCCCUACACCCCAACUUUUCCAUUUCCCACUCAGCUUACAGAGCCCAUUAGACAGAAACCCGAGCCCUGGGAUGGCAGCACGAAGACCAUCUGCUCGCUCCCCUGACUCUCUGGGCACCUCAGCACCUCCAGCCUUGAUGAGAUAGAUUGGGAGGGAGCGUCAACCAUCGUGACUUCAGAAAGACGCGAUGGAGGCCUGCACUGGGUGGCAGGAAUGGAAAAGAGCUGACAAGUGGGACCGUCACUCGCCUGUGUGCUAUUCCGCUUUAAAUAUUUUAAAAAUGCCUCCCCACUUUUUUCUGCUCAGUUCCCAUUGCCAAGCAGGACCCAGACCUGGUCAGGCAAAAGGGCGCAGCUCUGCGGGGAAGGAAAGUAUGCCUGUGGUUUGUUUACCCUGUUCGAGAUGACAGCUGACAUACCGGACCGAUGAGGAAGCCUUCACACCACAGCUUUUCCUGUUCCAGAAAUCCUGAAGGUCGAUGCCCGGACAUCCAAUUAAUCCUCAGCCUUGGUUCCGUCGUAUUUCAGACACAGGCCUGGGUCAUUAGCUCCAAAGGCCGCAGGAGCCAAGACGCAUGCGCCUCUCUUGAAGCCAAGACAGUCUGUCUCGGCCGCACAGCUUCCUUGUUAUGCUUCACGUGGGUGUCCUGCGUGGCCAGGAAGUUCUGCAGGAAAAAUUCCCCCAGGUUUGUUUACCGCUUUGAUGAAGCCCCAGCAUUUCACAAGCGCUCCACGAUGUGCCAGGUAAGUCCCCAAAUGUUUGACCCACUAACCUUUUCCUUCAAGGGUUUCUCUAAUUUGAUGCCACCCCAGGAAUGAGCUGGAUGUGUACAUGGCCAAAUCAACCCACGAUAAAUCUCCAUGCAUUUGAGCUCCAUCCACACUACUGGUUUGUUCUCAUUUCCCCUCAAAGUUCCUGAGCAUCAGACAGGCUCCAUUGAGAAGGUUGCUGGUCCAGGUUAAGGGCAAACACCUUUGAUCACUUCAGCUAUUUGAAGACUGGGUGGUUUUUAAAUGUCCAGAAGUCUUUCCUGUGGCAAAUCAGGACGUGCAGGCAGAGGGUCAUUGCCACCUCCCUCCUCAUCCAACAAGUGGGACCCACGGCCUCUGCACAUCCAUGUCCUUCUAGGCGUUUGGACUCAGCGACCAGCCAGGCGCAGACCACAUAGGACCAGCCGCCUGGCCGCAGCAAGAAGCUGUCUCUUAAGGUGAAGCCCCAGCAAAGAAGUUUUCUUGGACACGGUGAGCAGAGAGAGAUGUGGGAGCCCUGUGUUGGGGCAAGUGGGGACAGGCCAGCCUGCCCUCUUCCUAGUGACCAGGAAAGGCCUCCUGCACAGCUGCACCUUUGGGAGUGUCCUGGUGGACCGAAGGAGCCUCUGGCCAGAUGCCGAGCAUGCUGCUCAAGACAAGGAUCUGGAGGCGGACGUGGGGGCGCUGAACAAAGCAGGUGUUGAGUGAAUUCCCCAAGAAAGAGCGGUGGAAAGAGUGGGAGAAUUGGGGAGUGUGUUUGCUCUGAUUACAAAAGUCAUAUAUAUUCAUGGUAGAAGACCUGUUUAUGUUAAAAAAAAGAAAGAAAGGAAGAAAGAAAGAAGACACCCAUAGUCCCAACCAAAAGAAAACCCCUCAACUCAUUCUGGUGUGGUUUUCCCCCAAUUUUCAAAUUUUUUCUAUGCACAGUUUACAUAUGAGUGGUCAGUUUAUAACCCACCAGUUUUUAACUUGCUUUUUUGCACUUACUGUAAGAUAAAAGUAUUUUCCCCAAUCACUAAAUUCUUCUAAUGGUGCAUAUCAUUCCACCUUUGGAACGUGGCACGGUGUAGGCUAGCCUGCUCUUGGACAUUUAGCUUUUUGACUGUUGGGAACAACACCAGAUUAGUGACCUUGUGUGUACAAAAUAGAGUCCACCUCACCUCUCA